UAUUAUUAGCAUUAUUUCCUAUAUAUUGCCUCUCCCCUCGCCAGAUCUACAAGGCCACCAGUCGGUCGACCAAAUCACUGCAUCUGCCACAAUGUCGUCCUACGGAUCCAACACCGGCGUCGACAAGAAAGAGGAGAACGGCAACGGGGAGGCGCCGCAGCCUCCGUCGCCGACCCAGAUCGGGGGUGGGGUGGUUCCGCGCCCCGUGCCGGGAGACCAGCGUAAGGUGGCCCUGGUCACGGGCAUCACCGGGCAGGAUGGGUCGUACCUGACGGAGUUCCUGUUGGGGAAGGGGUACGAGGUGCACGGCCUCAUCCGGCGGUCCUCCAACUUCAACACCGCCCGCCUGGAACAUCUGUACGUCGACCCCCACAACGCCGCCAAGGCCCGCAUGAAGCUCCACUACGCCGACCUCUCCGACGCCUCUUCCCUCCGCCGCUGGGUCGACGCCCUGCUCCCCGACGAGGUCUACAACCUCGCUGCCCAGUCCCACGUCGCCGUCUCUUUCGAGAUCCCCGACUACACCGCCGACGUCGUCGGCACCGGCGCCCUCCGCCUGCUGGAGGCCGUCCGUUGCGCCCCCAAGCCCAUCCGCUACUACCAGGCCGGUUCCUCCGAGAUGUUCGGCUCCACGCCGCCGCCCCAGUCGGAGUCCUCCCCAUUCCACCCCCGCUCCCCCUACGCCGCCGCCAAGGUCGCCGCCCACUGGUACACCGUCAACUACCGCGAGGCCUACGGCCUCUUCGCCUGCAACGGCAUCCUCUUCAACCACGAGAGCCCCCGCCGCGGCGAGAACUUCGUCACCCGCAAGAUCACCCGCGCCUUGGGCCGCAUCCGCCUCGGUCUCCAGACCAAGGUCUACCUCGGCAACCUCUCGGCCGCCCGCGACUGGGGCUUCGCCGGCGACUACGUCGAGGCCAUGUGGAUGAUGCUGCAGCAGGACGAGCCCGGGGACUACGUGGUGGCCACGGAGGAGUCCCACACCGUGGAGGAGUUCCUUCAGGCCGCCUUCGGCCACGUGGGCCUGGACUGGAAGGACCACGUCGUGAUCGAUCCCAAGUACUUCCGCCCCGCCGAGGUCGACAGCCUCAAGGGCGACUCCACCAAGGCUAGGAAGGCGCUCGGGUGGAAGCCCAAGGUCGGGUUCCAGGACCUGGUGAAGAUGAUGGUGGACCACGAUCUGGAGAUCGCCAAGAGGGAGAAGGUGCUGGUGGACGCCGGAUACAUCGACGCCCAGCAGCAGCCCUAGAAGGUGGGAGUCCUAAAACCUCCGCCCCCCUCGCUUCCUCCAUCGUCCACAUUACGAUAUAAAUUUCUUAGUUUGCUUUAAGCUUCUGUUCUGCUGGUGCUUCCAUCAAACACAAAACUUGUUUCUUUCUACGCCUUAAACGAGUCACAGAAUAUUGUUAUCUGAUCAGAUUCCCAAUAAGAUAAAAAAAUGGAUCUCAAAUCUGCACAUCAUUACCUCAAUCUUCCAAGGCUGGAAAUGUUACUACUUUUC